AUGUCGUCAGGAAAACAGCGGCCCUCGGUGCUGGUCACGGACUCGAGGGAGAGGUCGAAUCAGAGAAGACUCCCGCGGCGCCAAGAUUCGUCGACCGGAGCCUCCAGUCGGACGCCGAUGCGAUUCAUGACUGUCGAUAAUGUCCUUCAGUACAACUCGCAGAUCCCGUCCGGCCAGCCGCGAGGGCCGCCCGUCCCCGCCCAGAGGCCGCACCCCUCACCCAUGCCCUCGAGGACGACCAAGAUUAGCGAAAAGCUGGUCCUACUGCCAGAGACGGACCAACAAGACGAAGACGCCGAGGAGGAAGUGGAGAGCGAGGCGGUCCUGGCCAGAAGGCUGCAAGAGGAGGAGAACCGGCCGCUGAGAGACGAGGAACUGGACGUGCUCAGGAAGAGAGGCGGAAUCCGAGGCAAAAGUUAUGCCGAGAGAUUGCCCAAGGUGCAGAGAAAGGACAAGGUCAGCCGGCUCACGGCCUAUUGCACGGCCCAGGCCUUCAAGGUUCGCGCCGCGUCCGAGUUCCUGAGAACAAAGCACGAGGCCAAGACGAAGCUCUACGAUGACUGUCUCUACGUCAUCUACGCCCUGCCCCUGCUUAACGGCACCGAGGGCUACCGGGUCCGCGGCCGGCCAAUGCUCAAGACCCCGGGCACGGGAAAGACGAUGCUGGAUCUGGAGAUUGAGCGAAGCGGGCGGCGGGAUCACCACGAGGGCUAUUUCGAGGACGACGCGUAUACCACCCCGGAGAGCCCGGAGAGAGGGAUCCACGGGGCGGCAGCGUUCGGCGACCCGUCCCCCGACGACGAGGCUCACAGAUACAGCGACGACGGCAUACCCUCGCACAUGAACCGCCUGGCCCCCGACGCCAAGAACUUUGCCGAGAUAUUCGUCUUCUCGUACGGCGUAGUGGUGUUUUGGAACUUUACGGAGCACCAAGAAAAGGACAUUCUGGCCGACCUGACCUUUGCAGACGCCGAAGACGGCAUCAGCCUCCUGACCAGGCCCUUUGAGCAAGACGACUUUGAGACGGAGGAGUUUCACUUUGAGUACAGUGCCGACAUCAAGCGGCCGCGCGUCUUCAACGACAUGAUCACGCUGCUGCCGCGGUCGGACCACAUGAUCAAGCUGACCAUUAGCCACGCCAUUGCGCAGAGCACCAAGCUGUGCUUUUUCGAGGAGAGGAUGAGCGAGACGAUGCUGGACGCGCAGCACGUGCCCAAGACGCUGGCCCUGACGGGAGAGCUCAACAUGACGAGGACGGAGAUUGUCAAGAUUCUGGGCAGGCUCUUCAAAAGCCGCGUCGACAUCAACCUCUCUUCCAACAUCCUCGACGUGCCCAACUUCUUCUGGGAUUCGGAGCCGACACUCCACCCGCUCUACGAGGCCGUUCGCGAGUACCUCGAGAUCGACCCGCGCAUCAAGGUGCUCAACGAGCGGUGCCGCGUCUUCCUCGACCUUGCCGAGAUUCUCUCAGACUCGGUGGCCGACGCCAAGAUGAGCGCCAUCACCUGGAUCAUUAUCCUCCUCAUCGUCCUCAGCAUCCUCGUCACCGCCACCGAGGUGGGCCUGCGGUUCGGCAUGCUCAGCAAGAACUCGGACAAGGGCAAGGGCAAGGGCAAGGGCGGCGUGGCGGCCAUGACGUGGGCCGGCGGGGUCAGUCCCGCGGCGGCGCCCCAACUCGUCGUCCUGCCGCCGCCGGCCCCGCCCCUGGGCCAGGUCUCGGUCGGCCGGUAUGGGCCGGCGGCGGCGGAGCCCGGCGAUGUCGAGGUGCUGGCACUGGCGCUCGGGCUACAGCCCAACUCGAGCGUCGAGGACAUCAGACAGGGCAUCGUCAACUUGAGGCGGGAGGCCUCGUAG